AUGAAUCACAUUGCACUGGAGCAUUCGCAUGGAAGAGGCUUCAGCAUUACAUGCGGGCUCAACGGCUGCAGUAAUACUUUCAAGAAGUAUGAUGCGUACAAGAAGCACGUACAGCAGAAGCACAGGGAUGUACCACCAUUGAGAAGUAGUGGACAGUCAAGGGCAGAAGACGGUACAUCCGCAGAUGCAGCGGAGCCUACCUCUGCCCAGCCAGAUGCUGAAUCAAGGUCAACGAGCACAAACCGCAAUGAAACGUGCAGCCCUACGGAGUACAUGAGCAACAUGUUCAACAAACUGAAGAGACACCUUGUUCUGUUCAGCUUGAAAGUGACUGAAAAACAUAUGCUUCCAACAUCUGUGUGUGAAGGUAUAUUCAAGCACAUGAAAAUUCUCCUGGAACUACUUUUAGAAGCAUUUAGAACAUAUCUUGAAAUGCUCAUGUCAAGUGACAGGGUAACAGUGGAUCCGGGUCAUGAUGUGUUAUCAGCGUUGUCGAAUGACGCGAUUGACAUGACAUGGGACGUGAUUAGCUCUGAGCAUGUACGACUGAAGUACGUGAAAGACAACUUUCCUUUCGUCCAGCCAAAAGAAAUCAACUUGAAUGAGAACAUCACUGGUCGGUCAGGCAGGCAUGUGGUCUAUUAUGUCCCAAUUCAGGACUUACUGACAAACUUAAUGUCAACAGACUUGGGUGAACACAUUCUCUCAGCACUGCCCAAAUACAGUAAAGAACGCUCAGAUGACCACGUCUUCAGUGACGUCUGUGAUGGAGACUUUGUGCGAACCCGUACACUGAUUCAGGAAGGUGUUGCUCGAACUCUCCUCUUGUUGCUCCACACUGAUGAAUUAGAAGUGGUGAAUCCUAUUGGCGCAGCACGUGGUGCACACAAACUUCUUUUUGUGUAUGUAAGCCUGCUUGAUUUGCACCCAAGAUACAGGUCCAGACUAAGCUCAAUAUAUCUUGUUCUUAUCGUCAAGUAUGCACUUCUGAAAGAGUACAGCCUCCACAGAAUAAUGGAGCCACUAAUUGCUGACCUUAAUUCCAUCCAGUCAAAUGGAUUUGAUGUUAUGUUGGAUGGCUCACCUGUUCACUUCAAAGCAACUGUCAUCGGAUUUUGCGGCGACAACCUGUCUCUGAACAGGCUCGGAGGCUUCACUUGUUGCUUCACUGCAGGUCGCGUGUGCCGUCACUGCCUUGCGAGAAGCACUAACCUACCAUUGCUAACAGAUGAAUCUCGCUGUACAUUGAGGACUGCAGAGGCACACAACAGUCACAUAUCUGCUGUAGAACUGAGCCCAGAAAAUGUAAAGCUCUAUGGAGUGAAGGAACGGUCCUUCCUGCUUGCACUUAGUGGAUUUGAUGUCACAAGCCAGCUUCUCCCAGACAUAAUGCACGAUGUGCUAGAAGGAGGCAUAAAUGUUGUCCUCAAGGCUGUGCUAAAUUCUUCGCUGUCUUUGAAGGUGCUGCUGAAAGAGCACUUCAGUGUGAUAGACAACUUUCAGUAUAAGCAUCAUGACAUGCACAACAAGCCUGUGGCCAUUUCACUCAUGAACACUGGAAAAGUACAGAGUAUAAAAGGAACAGCAAGCCAAAAACUAUGCCUUUUCCGUCUUCUACCACAACUGCUUGGUGAUCACGUCCCUGAAGGAAACACGGACUGGGAUAUUUAUCUGCAGUAUCGUGAAAUUGUAAACAUUCUUUUAUCCGACAGGAUACCUGUUGACUGCGUCAGCUAUCUUGAAGUGCAGAUAGCCUCAUUUCUGAGAGCGUUUGUUCAACGGUACCCAGAGGUGAAUAUUACACAAAAGUUGCACUACCUGAUUCACUAUCCUAGGUACAUUUCACUCUUUGGGCCUCCUCGCAACUUUUGGUCAAUGCGAUUCGAGGCCAAGCACUCUGCGCUGAAGACAAUUGCAGUUCGUUCAAGAAGCUUCCUCAAUGUUGCAAAGACUCUGGCCACAAGGGUACAGCUUGGACAGUGCUAUGAUGCCAUGUCUCCAUGCACAAAUGACGGCCUUGAAGUUCCAGUGAUGAAUGAUGUACGGUGGGAAGAAUUGCCUGAUUUAGUGAGGGAGAGUUUUGUCUUGCUGCCAGAACCGGACGAGAGAAUUUUUGAAACGAGAUGUGCCACUGUACAUGCAAGCACAUACAGAGAAUGGGACAUUUUGUGUGCUGGUUGGGAAGCCGAAGCACCAAUGUUUGGCAAGCCUAUCAAGUCGUUUUCACAGAUUCUUCUAUGCAGAUAUCCCCAGGAGGUGAGCACAGCCAUCAACCAAAUAGAUCUCUACAAGUACAAGAACCUUCAUGAAAUAGUGCCACAGUUUGAGUUGUUUGAAGCAUAG